AGGAUUAUUUAUUUUUUAGGAAAAGGAAAGAAAAAAAAAGAAAGUGAGCAUAGAAACUUCUUUGCAAAAUUGAUCAUUAAAGCAUCAUGGUGUAACUUUUCAGAACAGAUUUGAAAUCAUGUCGAUACGUUUCCUGAUGGACAGCAAACUGCUGCCAACUGUAGCUGCUGGUGACCUGGUGAUCAGUGGGGAGAUUUACUCUAUUACUGAAGUUCCUAUCAGAAGAGGUAUCUGAUUUAUUUUAUUAUGUUUAAUAUCUACUGAGACAGUUGACAAAAAAGGUGUAUAUCUCAUUAAAAUGAAAAACAUUUAGUUUAAAGGGACAGUUUAAGGAAACAUUUUAGGAACAACAAGGGCAAGUAAUUAAAAGAGAGUCAGUCGAAGAUUUAACAGACAGAAAUCUGAAAGAAAACAUGGUAUUUGUUUAAUCUUCCAUUAAAAGGAUUAUUUAUUUUUUCAGAAAAAGGAAAAAAAGUGAGCAUUAAAACUUCUGAGAAAUAGCUUUUGACUCUUUCCACCAUUAAAGCAUUGUGUAAACUAACAGAUGUUAAAUCAUGUUAAUGCUACCCUGACUUCAGCUGAAUGUCGUCUCUGUCUGGACUAGGGAUGCAAAUGAUUAAUCGACUUUAGAUUAAUUGUCGAUCAAGAGAUUGCUCGAUCAAAAUAAUUUAAUCACGAUUAAUCGCUAGAGGGCGCUAGCGCUCUACUGAAGUAACUUCAGAACAGAGCGAGAAGGAGAACAUUACACGCCUCGCGAGACCGGGGUUGAUAACAAAAAUGAAGCGGGCGAAAAGAAGUGCGGUAUGGGACCACUUCAACAUAGUAAAUGGAGGCAAAGAAGUUAAAUGUUCGCUGUGCAAUGCGGUGUUGAAGUAUAACAGCUCCACCAGCUCACUGAGUUAUCAUUUGAACACCACGCAUGCUGCUCUCCUGCAUGGCGCCAGUUCACCUGCUCAACCUACAAUCACAGCUACACUGGGAAGGCGAGUGUGUGAUGAGAGAAGGGCGGAGGGCAUUACAGAGAAGAUUUGCAGCAUGAUCGAGAGAGAUUUGAUGCCAAUCAACACAGUGGACGGUGCAGGAUUUCAAGAUCUCAUUGCGUUCAUAGAGCCAGGUUACAAAAUCCCUUCGAGGCCAUCAGUUACAUCUCGCGUCGAAGCUCGCUUCGAAAAAAAGAAAAGUGAGCUAAAAACAAAGCUUGCUACUGCUACAGGGGUAGCCUUGACAACUGACUGUUGGACGGCGCUAACAACGGAAAGUUACAUUACAGUUACGUGCCACUACUUUAAUGCAAAAUGGGAGCUGAAAUCUGCAGUCCUGACAACGACGAGCAUGUCCGACAGACACACCGCCGACAACUUAGCAGAAAAGCUUAAUGACAUUGUGGAGACGUGGGGACUUUCCGGUCGCGUUACGGCGUGUGUGCACGACAAUGCUAGAAACAUAGUCUUAGCAAACAAUCCCACAAGAGUCAGCUGGAAAUCAGUGGCGUGUUACGCACACACACUAAACCUCGCUGUCAAUGAUGGUUUUGCUGCCGCUGGGAUCAGCAGAGCUAUAGUGGCAGCAGGAAGGUUGGUAAAACAUUUCCACCACAGCACAAUCGCAACCAAAGCUCUGGAAGAAAAACAAGAGCAAAUGUCACUCCCUCCGCAUCGCCUCAUUCAAUCAUGUAAAACUAGGUGGAAUUCGGUCUGCGACAUGUUUGACCGCCUAGUCGAACAGCGAUGGGCUGUGUCAGCAGUGCUAUCAGACCGUUCCGUGACAAAACUGGCAGAUGCGAGGACGCUGGAGUUGAGAGACGACUACUGGCAGCUAAUGGAAGAUAUUGCACCCGUGUUGGGAACUUUGAAGUGUGCAACAACGGUGAUGUCUGCCGAGUCGGAGGUGUCAAUCUCGAACACGUACCCCAUCACGUUCAGUCUAAUCAACAAGCACCUCGGCGCUUCAGACGAGGACAGCCACAAAGUCGCAGACUUCAAGGAAAAAGUGCGAGAUUGUCUGGGCGAGCGCAUGAAGAUUAAGUCUGAUGACCUCUACUUAUCCACCCCUAUGGUCGCAACUAUGCUUGACCCUCGUCACAAACACCUGGGAUUUCUACCUCCAGCUACCAGGAGGUCAGCUCAUUCCACACUGCUUCAGAUGGCUACAGCUGAACGCGACAGCGUCACAGCAACAGGUGCCGCCACCGCUGGAGAUGACACUGUCCAGACAGCAGGGCCUCGGCGACAUGGGGCUAAGCCUACAUCUGCUAUGAGUUUACUCCUGGGUGAAACCUAUUCCGAUGCCCGCAAAGGUGACGUGGAGAGUGAAGUGGAUAUGUACUUAAAGGACGCUCCUGCCCCUCUUGAGUCGAACCCCACAUGCUGGUGGAAAGUGAAUGAAGGGAGGUUUCCGACGCUGGCAACACUAGCAAAACGGUAUUUGUGUACGCCAGGCACAUCAGUCCCUUCUGAGCGUGUAUUUUCAGCAGCUGGCCUCACUGUAAAUAGGCUGCGCACACGCCUUACCCCUGAGCAUGUUAACAUGCUCAUUUUCUUGAACAAAAAUAUAUAGAACCUAUGUCUAGGUCAAGUUGUGAUAUGAGCUGUAUAGCCACAUUUCAGAUAGGAAAGGGUGAUCUUGAUCACUAGUUCAUUUGAUUGUUCUGGUGUGAGGCUUUGUAAUGUUUUGUGUUGUGUUGAGGGACCCUGUGAACGUUUCAUUCUGUUUUGCUGUAACGUUAAGGCAGAAAAAUGUUGUGGAUAUAUACAGUAAUACUAUACUGUAACAGUAUAGAACCUAGGCCUAGGUCAAGUUGUGAUAUGAGCUGUAUAGCCACAUUUCAGAUAGGAAAGGGUGAUAUUGAUCACUUCUUUAUUUGAUUGUUUUGGUUUGAGACCCUGUGGGCCCCUAAUAACAGGGAGUGGACCCUGUGAAUGUUUCAUUCUAUUUUGCUGUAACCUUGAGGCAGAAAAAUGUUGAGGAUUGUUGAGCUAGUUUAUAAUU